UUCUCUGGAGGAGCUCCGCGCGUGGCGAGUCUGUGUCCUCCCUGUCCCCCAGAGCAGACACCCUCUCUGUGUCUGGACCGGGGAGGAGCAGACGCUGGACAGGGUGUGUGUGUUCAGCAGUGGAUUGUCAGACUUGGGGUCCCGGCUGCUCCCUUUUGGGUCUCUCCCCGGGCCCGCUGAUCUGACUGUAAUUCCUUCUGCUGAAGCUAGGGUUCGGCCACCUUGACGCGCCCCCUCUGCCCCUGGAGCGUGUUUUUGGGUUUUGUGCGUGUGGAAGUGGGGUGUAUGUGUGUUUCUUAUCCUAGACACCUCCGGGUCGUUUGCUUGGAAACCGGCUGAGGGCCCGCAUACCCUGGAGCAUUUGGUUGGAAAGUGAGGCAGGUAGCGCCCAAGGCUCCUGUACCAGGGCCAGGUUAGGCACCAACGCAUCCCUUAUGUCUCUGCAGCCUGCAGUGUGGUGGAACCGUUUUAUAGACUGACAGUGUGAACGUAGGAGGGGAUGGAUAUCAGAGAUCUGUUUAUCCACAUUUUCAGAGAGUGGUAUUGCUCUGAUGUGAGUGUAGGCAGGUUACUCUCUGUGUCUCGUGUUCUUUACCUGUAAUUUGAGGUUUGUUGUACCUACUAUUAAGUGGUGGUUGUGAGGAUUAAAUGGAAUUUUGACAUGCAACAGUUGACACAGGGCCAGACACCAAGUAAGGGAUCAAUCAGUUGUUGCUUUUAUUAAUAGUAGGCAUCCAUCUGCCCAUUUGCACGUAAGAAGGAAACACCCAAGAAUGAAAAGUAGCUUGUUGUAGGUCACCCAGCCAACUAGCACAUAGUGGAAAUUAGAAUCCAGGCACUCCCAGCAGGGCACUUACCACCACCCUGCACUUUUGUAUUCAUCAGGCACAGUAUCCUUACUGUUGUCUGUAACUGUCUAUGUUCCCAGUGUCUGACUCUGCAGGGCCCUGGUGGUAUAAAGGUACUGAGACUUGCGUGUGUUUAGGGCUUCCUGAAGAUUAAAUGGCUGCCGAAGUUCUUGAGUUUAGCUUUAGCACAAAAGAUACUGCGUCAGACUCUGCGUUCUGAGUAGAGUCUCAGAGAAUGAAAAAAGAAAUACAAUGAAAAAGGGGAAAACUUCAAUCCAAGAACCUCUUGCCACAGUUUCUGGUAGAAUGCUGGCAAUUCCCAGGAAGAUACGUGGAGAACGGAAAGGUUGCUACACCCAAAUAGUGGAGCAAAGGCUAUGAUUAUGGAGGAUUGGACCUGCAAACUCCAGAACAGAGUUUUUCUUUACAGCAACCUUGUAAAAUGUGUGUGGGCAGCACAGAGACCUUGGGCAAGUUAACAGUUUCCUCAUCUGUGAAUACUGAUUUAUGGAAAGCACCUGUUCUGCCCUCUGAGGACCCUGCCCUUUCCCAAAAGGUGUAUCUUAAGAAGGAAAAUAUGGCUGCUCUUUGCCGGACGGCAGAGUCCCAGUGGGGUCCUUCAGGCUGUGUGCCAAGUACUGAGCUGGCAAUCUCGUCUUCUGUACCAACUGGUGUGUCCUCCUGUCUUUGUGAAGGGAAGGAAAAAGACAGGGCUGGAGACCAGUUUGGUGAUAGUGACCCCAAACCAGAAAGUUCAUUGGGCCUGCACCUCCAGGCUGAACUCCAGUGCACCCAGUUAGACUUGGAGCGGAAACUCAAGUUGAAUGAAAAUGCCAUCUCCAGGCUCCAGGCCAACCAAAAGUCUGUUCUGGUGUCGGUGUCAGAGGUCAAAGCAGUGGCUGAAAUGCAGUUUGGGGAACUCCUUGCUGCUGUGAGGAAGGCUCAGGCCAAUGUGAUGCUCUUCUUAGAGGAGAAGGAGCAAGCUGCGCUGAGCCAGGCCAACAGUAUCAAGGCCCACCUGGAGUACAGGAGUGCCGAGAUGGAGAAGAGCAAGCAGGAGCUGGAGAGGAUGGCGGCCAUCAGCAACACUGUCCAGUUCUUGGAGGAGUACUGCAAGUUUAAGAACACUGAAGACAUCACCUUCCCUAGUGUUUACAUAGGGCUGAAGGAUAAACUCUCGGGCAUCCGCAAAGUUAUCACGGAAUCCACUGUACACUUAAUCCAGUUGCUGGAGAACUAUAAGAAAAAGCUCCAGGAGUUUUCCAAGGAAGAGGAGUAUGACAUCAGAACUCAAGUGUCUGCCGUUGUUCAGCGCAAAUAUUGGACUUCCAAACCUGAGCCCAGCACCAGGGAACAGUUCCUCCAAUAUGCGCAUGACAUCACGUUCGACCCGGACACAGCACACAAGUAUCUCCGGCUGCAGGAGGAGAACCGCAAGGUCACCAACACCACGCCCUGGGAGCAUCCCUACCCGGACCUCCCCAGCAGGUUCCUGCACUGGCGGCAGGUGCUGUCCCAGCAGAGUCUGUACCUGCACAGGUACUAUUUUGAGGUGGAGAUCUUCGGGGCAGGCACCUAUGUUGGCCUGACCUGCAAAGGCAUCGACCGGAAAGGGGAGGAGCGCAACAGUUGCAUUUCCGGAAACAACUUCUCCUGGAGCCUCCAAUGGAACGGGAAGGAAUUCACGGCCUGGUACAGUGACAUGGAGACCCCACUCAAAGCUGGCCCUUUCCGGAGGCUCGGGGUCUAUAUCGACUUCCCGGGAGGGAUCCUUUCCUUCUAUGGCGUAGAGUAUGAUACCAUGACUCUGGUUCACAAGUUUGCCUGCAAGUUUUCAGAACCAGUCUAUGCUGCCUUCUGGCUUUCCAAGAAGGAAAACGCCAUCCGGAUUGUAGAUCUGGGAGAGGAACCCGAGAAGCCAGCACCGUCCUUGGUGGGGACUGCUCCCUAGACUCCAGGAGCCAUAUCCCAGACCUUUGCCAGCUACAGUGAUGGGAUUUGCAUUGUAGGGUGAUUUGGGGGCAGAAAUAACUGCUGAUGGUAGCUGGGUUUUGAAAUCCUAUGGGGUCUCUGAAUGAAAACAUUCUCCAGCUGCUCUCUUUUGCUCCAUAUGGUGCUGUUCUCUAUGUGUUUGCAGUAAUUCUUUUUUUUUUUUUUGAGACGGAGUCUCGCACUGUUGCCCAGGCUGGAGUGCAGUGGCGCGAUCUUGGCUCACUGCAAGCUCCGCCUCCCGAGUUCAAGCAAUUCUCCUGCCUCAGCCUCCCGAGUAGCUGGGAUUACAGGUGCCUGCCACCAUACCCAGCUAAUGUUUUGUAUUUUUAGUAGAGAUGGGGUUUCACCAUGUUGGCCAGGCAGAUCUCAAACUCCUGACCUCGUGAUGCACUCACCUCGGCCUCCCAACGUGCUGGGAUUACAGGCGUGAGCCACUGCGCCCUGCCUGUUUGUAGUAAUUUUUAGGCACCAAAUCUCCCUCAUCUUCUAGUGCCAUUCACCUCUCUGUUCAGGUAAAUGUCACACUGUGCCCAGAAUGGAUGACCAGGAACCUUCAAGAGUGGCUGAAAAGAUUGCAGAGUUAUCAUAAUAAAUUGCUAACUUGC